AUGGGAGGGGCAACACUGCCACCAGGAUUUCGUUUCCAUCCAACUGAUGAGGAACUAGUGGGAUACUACCUGAAAAGAAAAGUGGAGGGGCUUGAAAUUGAGCUUGAAGUUAUCCCAGUGAUUGAUUUUUACAAAUUCGAUCCCUGGGAGUUGCCGGAGAAGUCUUUCCUUCCAAAACGGGAUUUGGAAUGGUUUUUCUUUUGUCCACGGGAUCGCAAGUACCCAAAUGGAUCAAGAACAAAUAGAGCUACCAAAGCUGGGUAUUGGAAAGCCACUGGAAAAGACAGAAAAGUGGUGUGCCAGUCUAAUCCAUCCACUGUUACAGGGUACCGCAAGACCUUGGUUUUCUAUCUAGGGAGGGCCCCUUUAGGAGAUAGAACUGAUUGGGUCAUGCAUGAGUAUCGCCUCUGUGAUGAUCUUGGUCACGCUACACCAUCUUUCCAGGGUGGUUUUGCCUUGUGCCGGGUUAUUAAGAAGAAUGAGAAGGCAGGUGCUACACAUGGAGAAAACAAGGGUAAAAGGGCUGGAAGCAGUUCCAUCAAUGGGAGUGACACCACAGUAAGAUUUUCUGGUGAGCCAUUCAGCAACUCUGGUGAUGCUUCCUCUCAAGCAAGCCACCUGAAUAAUGAAAGUCGUUAUUCAAGCCCUAUUACUUCUCCAUACAAUGUGGCUCCAACGGGAGAGAUUAACCAAGUUUCUGUGGAAACCAAUCCUUCUAACUUCUGGAUCUCCCCUGACAUGAUUCUUGAUUCUUCAAAGGACUAUCCUCAAUUACAACAUGCUGUGGCUGAAUAUUUUCCACGAUAUGACUUGCCAAAUAUGGGGAUACAAUGGCAAUCAUUGGAACAUCCAGAAACUUCAUCUAGUUUGUCCUACUCAAAUUUCAAUGGAGAAGUUGAAUUUGCUGAUACUCUCAGUCAAAUUGGCGGCAUGUCACCUUACUCAAGACAAUGGAAUUCCAUGGACUUCUAUGGAAAUGGGAAUGGAAACGGGGAUGUUCCAUACGAAGAUUAUGAUCAAAUUAACUCAAUCUCAUAUCCAGAAUCCUUUUAA